AUUUCAGAAAGAGUGUCGACUAGUUUGGCUGUAGUUAUUGUACGUAUUUAAAGUACAAUUCGUAUAAAUCUUACCUGAUCUGUCAAUGAGCAACAUGAAGACUAAAGGACCAAAAGACUUUUAUGCUACUCUCGGAGUUUCAAAAACCGCCACAGAAGAUGAAAUAAAGGAAGCAUAUAGAAAAUUAGCUCUCAAAUACCACCCGGACAAAAAUAAAUCCCCAGGCGCUGAGGAAAAAUUCAAGGAAGUUGCUGAAGCUUAUGAGGUAUUGAGCGAUUCCAAAAAGAGGGAAACGUACGAUCGUCAUGGGGAACAAGGACUGAAUGGUGGAAUGGGAGGCGGAAGUGGAGGCGACGGAUUUACCUACACUUAUUCAAACGUCGACCCAAGAGCAACAUUUGAGGCAUUUUUCGGAAGCUCAAAUCCCUUUGCUAACUUUGGAAAAGGCGGCGGUGGAUUUUCAGAUAUCUUUAUGGAAGGCGAAGACAUCGGCGGGCACUUUGGACCUGGGUUUGGAAGUAGAUUUGGCGGUGGUGGAAAUACUCAGGUUUUCACAAAUAUGGGGCACGGAGGACAGUCUUCAUUUAAUCGUCCAAAACCACAAGACCCACCGAUCAUGCGUGAUCUAAAAGUAUCUCUUGAAGACAUAUUGAAAGGGUGCACAAAGAAAAUAAAAAUAACGAGGAAAAGACUCAAUCCAGACGGUGCUUCGACGAGACUAGACGAGAAACUUCUCACAAUAGACAUUAAAAAAGGAUGGAAGGAAGGGACAAAAAUAACGUUCCCGAAAGAAGGCGACGAGCGACCUGGUGCUGUUGCAUCCGAUAUUGUUUUUACAUUGAAAGAUUUACCUCAUUCUACUUUCACCAGAGAAGGGAGCAACAUUAUUUACCACAAAAGGAUAACUUUAAAAGAAGCAUUGACCGGAUCAACAUUGCGAAUACCAACACUGGAAGGCCGUUACGUCACGCUUAACUGCCAUGACGUCGUGAAGCCAGAUACAGUUAAAAUCAUCCCAGAUGAGGGUCUACCGAUUCCAAAACAACCACACAAGCGUGGUAACUUAAUCGUGAAAUAUUUUAUAAAAUUUCCGGACUAUUUGAAUUCAAGACAGAAAACGACUUUGAAAGACGUUUUACCGUAAUUCAGUGUUCUCUUCAUUUUACUUUUUAUUAUAUUUUCUACGCACUUUUUUAUCUUAUUUCUUUGUAAUCAGAAUUAUUUUGAAGUCUAUCUGUUUCGUUUUCUUUCUUGAAUAAAAUGCUUUGAAAAGUUGA